AUGGUGACAGUGUCACUUUCAGAGGGACGUGAAGGCAUGUUCGGCAACACUAUCAGAAGCUCAUCUCUCCCCGCUCCCCUUACGUCAAUCCACAACAACGGCAAGUCUGGGACACAGCUGUUGCUGAUGUAUCUCAAGGGCUUCACAGAUACAGCCGAACCUUGUCUUCCAGCUCAGAUCUUGGCCAUCAUUUCUAUUCUAUUCAUCGUGCUCUCCACUAUCGCUUUGUCUCUUAACACCCUCCCGGAGCUGCAAGACACAGACGAGUUUGGUCAGACAACUGAUAAUCCCCAGCUGGCCCAUGUGGAGGCGGUGUGCAUCGCUUGGUUCACCAUGGAAUAUCUUCUUCGCUUCCUUUCCUCACCAAACAAAUGGAAAUUCUUUAAAGGUCCCCUCAAUGUCAUCGACCUGCUGGCCAUCUUACCGUAUUAUGUCACCAUAUUCUUGACAGAGUCCAACAAGAGUGUGCUGCAAUUUCAGAAUGUACGGCGUGUGGUGCAAAUCUUUCGAAUCAUGCGGAUUUUGCGCAUCCUCAAGUUGGCACGUCACUCCACUGGGUUGCAGUCUCUGGGCUUCACGCUACGACGGAGUUACAAUGAGCUGGGCCUGCUUAUCCUCUUCUUAGCAAUGGGGAUCAUGAUCUUUUCGAGUCUAGUUUUCUUUGCAGAGAAGGACGAGGAUGACACCAAGUUCAAGAGCAUCCCUGCCUCCUUCUGGUGGGCCACUAUUACCAUGACCACUGUAGGAUAUGGGGACAUUUACCCCAAGACGCUUCUGGGUAAGAUCAUUGGUGGUCUCUGCUGCAUAGCAGGAGUGUUAGUUAUUGCCCUACCCAUUCCCAUCAUCGUCAACAACUUCUCUGAAUUCUACAAGGAGCAGAAACGCCAAGAGAAGGCCAUAAAGAGACGUGAGGCUCUAGAGCGAGCCAAACGCAAUGGCAGCAUAGUGUCCAUGAAUGUAAGAGAGGCGUUUUCCCGUGGUGCAGAGCUUCUAGAUGUGGGGGUCAUGGACAAGGGUGAGAGAACCCAGGACAACCAUCUCUCACCCAGUCGAUGGAAAUGGUCAUCCAAGCGGGCAGCUUCAGAAACCAGUUCUAAUCGUUCCUUCAACCCAGACCAAGGUUCUCCUAGCAAGGCGAGAGCUUCUAGUCCACAAAGGCUUAAUGCACAGAAACUAGAAGAGAUGUACGACCAGAUGGCAAAGACUCAGUCACAGCCCAACCUGAACAGCAAAGACAGAAAUUCAUCCAGAGCAGGCCAUAGAAGGGAUGAAAUUGAGCUGGGAGCCUUGCCAGGUCAAGGAGUUGACCCACUGAUUGGGGGUCGUGAAGGGGUGGUAGACAUGAAAAGUUUGUCAAGUAUUGACAGUUAUAUCAGCUGUGCAACAGACUUCCAAGAGAACCCACGAUUCCCCUACAGUCCGGCAGGAGGUCUAUCCCUCCCAGAAAGCUCUCGGUUCUCCCACAGCCCAGUUUCUGGCCUCUCUGGUCGGGUCAGUGCUAAUCCAAGCCUGCAGACCACCUUGGAGCAUGAGACUAUGCUCACGCUACUAUGUUCUGGUGCUAAACCUCUCAACAGCGAGAGUUCACGGCAACAAGGACUUCUUGGAAACUCUCAGAAAAUGCAUUCGGUUAGGGUGAAUCAUCGCAAUUGUGGGGAGGCCAGCCCAUCAGGUGGUCUUCUGUCUGACAGCUCUAUUCUAUCUGACCACUCCAUCCUAAGCCCCGAGGUGUCAGUCUACACAACAGCCAGCAGCAGGACUCCACCUAAGACACCAGAGAGGAAGGCACUCACCCCUGCAGUCUUCACUUUUCACGACUCAUCUAUCAGCAAGUACAUCGAUGCUGACACAGAUGAUGAGGAGCUCUUGCGCGAAGGUGGCCCAUCGGAGCGUCUACUGGGUGGCCUGAGCUCUAAGCCUCGGCUCAGUGGUUACCAGGGGGCAACCAACCACUUGGAAGCUGCCCAAAGGCUGCUAGGUCAGAACUGCCUAUUCCCACUGGGAAGUAGCCCAAGUGUUGGCCAUGAGAACCAUGUGGCUUUAGAGAACUCACGAAGGCCUAAAGGGGACAGGGGACAUUCCAACACUUUUGAUAAGGGCCUCUGA